AGGCGGAGGGACGGGGCAAAGAUGGCGGCGCCCGUCCUGCUGCGGGUGUCGGUGCCGCGCUGGGAGCGGGUGGCGCGCUCCGCCGUGUGCGCCGCCGGCAUCCUGCUGUCCCUCUACGCCUGCCACCUGGAGCGCGAGAAGGGCCGCGACGCCCACUACCAGGCCCUGUGCGACCUCAGCGAGCGGGUGCGCUGCUCCGCCGCCAUCACCUCCAGAUGGGGUCGAGGAUUCGGUCUGUUGGGUUCCAUCUUUGGAAAGGACAGUGCAAUAAAUCAGUCAAACAGUGUUUUUGGACUCGUGUUUUAUAUACUACAGAUGCUACUUGGUAUGACAGCAAGUGCAGUAGCAGCUCUAAUCCUCAUGACAUCCUCCAUAGUGUCUGUAGUAGGGUCAUUGUACUUGGCAUACAUUCUGUACUUCGUGCUGAAGGAAUUUUGCAUUGUCUGCGUCAUCACAUAUUUGCUGAACUUCAUUCUCUUUAUCAUCAACUACAAACGACUAGUUUAUUUGAACGAGGCCUGGAAACGGCAACUCCAACCCAAACAGGAAUAACCCCUGUUUGAACUCUUGACUGACAGUCUGAAGACCCAACUUCCAUUAAGUUUAUUUUGCAGUAAUUUUUUAUUCUCCAUAUCAGACACUUUCCCUGAGAAUCAUAACUGAAUUUUUAAUUAUAAAUUUGAAGGGGCCCCCCCGGUAAUUUUUCUGUGCUAAUCUUCAGUUUAAAUGUGGUUGUGAAAGAAAGCUCUAAUACAAUCAAAGACAAGCUUUAACUUUACUUUGAAGGAGUUUUAGCCACAGCAAAACCUAGACUCUCUCGUCCCCCUCCACUUGUGAAGUGGGUAACACUUGCUAUAAAAUAUCCUGUAUAUAAAUUCAGGUAUAACAAGAUGUGAUCAUGACAUUAAAUAUUCUAGACUAGCAUCACCAUAUUUAAUGUUGCCAUGUUUACAGUAUGUGUAUUACUUUUUUUUUUUUUUUUUUUUUUUUUAGCUGAUGGACUUAGAUUUGACUAGGACUUAACACUGUAAAUAAAAUUAGAACUAUUGGUUUCAUCCCUGGAGAACUCACUGUCCAAAUGGGUUUUGUUAGGAGCUGUCAGAGGGUUCAGCUCACAGUCGACUGACACGAUGGAAGAAGUGACCUCUAAAGAGAACACGGAGUUGCUGCACUCACUGCUCGUGCUGUCCCAAGAAUGACGCUUGGGGUUGGUUCCAUUUUUUUUUUUUUUUUUCCUUCUUUCUUUCUUUUUGUCUCCAGUACCGAAAAUGGAAUUAAAGCUGAAAACCUGAAGUGUGUUCAUUAAACCACAACCUCGUUAAUUCUGUACCGAGUGAAAAUAGCUCCGUGUGGUCGAUCCACCAGGAUAUUCUGUGCAGGUUGGGGGUUGGUGUGUCAAAGUGUUCUCUGGAAGGACUCAGUUUCCAUGCAGAGCUGUUUCAUUUUUAAGCUGUGGUCAGCCAGCCAGUGUUACUGAUGUUUGAUGUUCUAUGAAUGCUGCAGUAUAGGAUUGCAAUUGCAGUGGAAACCACUGACUGAGCGGGAUAACCAAGUCGUGCACUGAAAAAAGCAGUUACUUAAUUGAUCUUCGUCAGGAUCCUUGGUUUGUGCUAUACUGGGAAAUGAACUUUAGGCCUGACACACACACACACAAGAUCCCUUGGAAGGGCAAGCUGUUUAAUGGGAUAAGUAAGUAAAUGUGCUCCUGAAAAUGAAAUGUGAUAUAGUGCUAUCAUUGCUCUUUCUAAUAACUAAUUGGG